AUGCCCCUGUCAUGCGGGAGGCAACUGGCAAAAGAGUGCUUUGACGACGACGUCGCAAACAUCAUCGCAGCGACGCCCUCUCUCGACAUGUUUCGAGGCUACAGUUUCUACAGCGUGUUGGCUGACACGAUGGCGACCAAUCCGCUUGGAAUCGCCUUGGCUUCUCGCGUGACUCUUCUCGGAGAUGCAGCACACAAGACGACGACACAGGCCGGGCUCGGGGCGACCACGGCCUUGCAAGACGCGUUGCGCUUGGCGAACAUGCUGGCGGGUGUUCGACGCCCCGACGAUGUGUCCGAUGCCUUGCGGCGGUACGAAGUGGGCAUGUGCCAAGCUGCCAAAGUAGUAGUCUCGGCCUCUAUAGGGAAUACGCGGCGCAUUCACAAUUCGAAUGUGUGGAUAGUAGGUGUGUUCAACAUUAUGGCCCGCGCCCUGGGGGGGCUCCUUCAUGCAUACUAUUGGUGUGCCGAUCACUGUCGCAUGACAUGGAAAAGCAAAGUGCAGUAA